CUUUCUGAGGUUACCUUCAUUCUUUUCGGUUCGUUUAACAGUGAAAGGUAGCUCAAAAAUGAAUUUCUUCGUUAUUUUCUUGGGGUGUUUGAGUUACUUUACGGCGGAAGUAUAUGCAGCACCUGCGAUUUCAGAAACCUCUAACAACACCAAUAUACUCUGGAGAAAUGACGUAAAAGGUGAUCCAAAGGGCAAGAACUUCUGGGCUAACCCGUCACAACGCUGGCCAAAAGGCAGAAUCCCGUACGUACUCAGUCCAGAGUACUCUCAAGCUGACAUCAAAAUAAUUAUGGAUGCAAUGAAUGAAUGGCAAUCAAAAACUUGCGUUCGAUUCACACCGAAAAAACAUUCUGACACUUCCUAUGUGGAAAUAACGCCAAAUGAUGGCACCUCGUCAUAUUGCUACUGUCACGUGGGACGAUCGGGCGGCAAACAAUUGAUGAAAAUGUUUGGUGAAUGUAUGAGACCAGCAGCAAUGAUUCAUGAAUUCGGUCAUCUAAUUGGUUUCAAUCAUGAACAUCAGAGACCUGAUCGUAGCGAAUACAUCACAGUUCAUUUUAACAACAUCGAUCCGGCUUUUCACUUUGCCUUCGAUCAAUUUGAUCGGAGACAAGUUAAUUCACUUCGAACACCGUAUGACGUUCGCAGCGUGAUGCAGUAUCCUUAUUUUGCAUUUGCCAAAAGUAAUGACAAAAAACGCCCAUCAAUGACCCUUCGUGACGGAUCUAUUGAUAAAAUUCAUCGUGAGGCCGAACAUUUAAGUAAAAUUGAUAUCUUAAAGACGCAAUUGUACUUCAAUAAUUGUUUGUAGUUUGCUUAAUAAAGAAAGUCAAUAAUGGGAUUUGAAACCCACGAGCAAUUUCCGUGUG